GAUAUAACGUCAAUCACACGAUAAUAGUGGGCAACAUGUAUUCGUUAUUUUACAAUUUUGUUAUGAACCAAGAUCGAGCCAUUUCUAUAUAGCUUGCAAAGUCCUCAGUGGGAAUCGAAAUCUUGGUAGCCAUAUCUUUAUUCGCUUACUUUUCAUUGCCUUUAUACGAGGUCAAGAUAUUGAAAAUACCAUUCCUCAAUCUACAUUUCCUCUUUCAAACAUGGCAGAAAAAACCAAGCCACUCUUGCUUAUAUGCAGCAAUCCAAUAUCGGGACAUUUUGCACCAUGCAAGAUCAUAGCCAAAAUCCUCAUCGAAAGAGGUUACGAAGUAACCUUUCUUACUGGUUCAAAAUUCGGUCCAGGGGUUGAAGCAAUCGGCGCCACAUUCAUUCCUCUCGAAGGCUAUUCAAACUUCGACGAUUCUCCCAGCGGACUGGCGGAGAAAUGGCCAAUUCGAGAGACUCUUCAAGUACCAGCAAGAACGCUUUUCGAUUUCGAACAUGUGUUUCUCAAUCCCAUUCCCUCACAAUUUAGUUCUGUCCAGAAAGCUCUGAAGCUCAUGACGGAUAAAAAUCCAGGGAGACCAAUUAUUAUGUUACAGGACAUUGUCUUCUAUGGUGGUUUACCACUAUUGGCGGGAGCACCAGGUAUUAAGCCCGCAGCAGUCAUAACCCUGGGAAUCGCACCCAUUGUACUGGCGAGUCCAGAUAUUCCACCCAUGGGAUCAGGACUUCCCCCAGACUAUUCUCCUGAAGGACGCGAGCGUAAUAUAGCCAUGCAUGCUCAUAUGCAAAACGGGCCAUUCCUUCCCAUCACCCAGAUUUUUCACCAUCAGCUCGAAGUUUGCGGCGCAAAAGGUCCGGGUAUGUUUUUCUUGGAUGCAGCAUAUCUUCUUCCUGAUAGAGUCAUUCAACUCUGUGCGCCUAGUGCAGAAUACCCUCGAAGUGAUCUGCCCAAGACAAUAGUUUUCUCUGGUGGCUUACCAAAAGGCCAUAGAGAUGUGGUUAGUACCACGCAUCCUAGUUGGUGGGACGAAGUCACUACAAACGCAUCCAAGAAACGGAUUGUUUUCGUUAGUCAAGGAACCGUGGCACUCGACUACGGGGAUUUGAUUAUACCCACCAUCGAAGCAUUUGCAGACCACGACAACACUAUCAUUAUUGUUGCACUAGGUGUCAAAGGUGCUUCGUUACCAGACUCGGUAACAGUGCCCAAGAAUGCUUAUGUAGAAGAUUUCCUUCCUUUCGAUGAUAUACUUCCCUACUGUGAUGUAUUCAUUACGAAUGGAGGAUAUGGAGGAUUUCAACAUGGCUUGAGUAAUGGGGUUCCGAUGGUGAUGGGUGGCGAUUCGGAGGAAAAACCGGAAAAUUGCGCGAGGGGUGAGUGGAUCGGCGUUGGUGUGAAUUUGAAGACUGCGAGACCCGAUGCAGAGUUUUUGAGAGGAGAGGUGGAGAAGGUGCUUUCGGAUCAAAAGUAUAAGAAGAAAGUAGAGGAAAUUAAGAAGGAGAUGGAGAGUAUGGAUCCAAUGGCCAUCAUUGAGGCGCAAAUUGAGGAGCUGGCUAAAGAGAAGAGUGCGUAGAUAAUUUGAAUUGAUGGGAUGUUUUUAUAGGAUGAAGUGGAGUGGACGUGACGUUGCCCAACCUUCGAUAGAUAGUUAUAUAUUAAUAAUCAAAUCACAAAGGAGAAGUAAUACAUUACCUAAUUGAUUAUAGUUCCA